AUGGAUAAGGAUAUCCUGUGGGCCACCACGAUCGUUGACCAAAAAGCUGAGUUGGACCAACAAGAGCAGAAACACAGAACACAUGCCCGGAAGCUGGGAAUUUUGAUUGUGGAUGACACUAAAUACAGAAGUGAGAUGAGGAAUGAGUCACUCAAUCAGAGUUUUGCAAAUAUUCAGCGGUGAUGUCAUCAGGUGGAGGAGCGGUUGAGGAGGACCUCAUCUGAUCUUAGGUAUGAGAUAGUGGAUCUAGGUGGUGCUGAGAAUAUUACUGAGCUCCGUUCGAGGAAAAAGAUGAAGAAUAAAGAAGCAAAAUCUAGUAACCUAACCAAUGUUCAUGUGGGUCCUGUGGAUUGUGUAAACUUCUUAAAGGCAUCCGCAAACGGAAACCUCAAAGUGGUUGAUAAGUUCUUAGAAGAAGGAGGAGACCCAAAUACAGCUGACGAGUUCAGAAAAUCAGCACUUCACAGGGCUGCCUUUGAAGGUCAUGUUAAGAUAGUGGAGAGCUUACUUGAUAAAGGAGCAAAUAUCGACUUCCAAGACCGGUUGGCGUGUACGGCAGUGCACUGGGCCUGCAGGGGUGGACGUCUGGAUGCUCUUAAACUCCUGCAGAGCAAAGGAGCUGACUUAAAUGUCAAAGACAAACUUCUGAGCACUCCAUUACAUGUGGCUACCAGAACAGGCCACUGGGACAUUGUGGAGCAUCUUGUGUCCAGUGGUGUCCAGAUUGAUGCCAAAGAUUGGGAGGGCGAUACUGCGUUGCAUGAUGCUGUCAGACUGAACCGAUACAAAAUCAUCAAGUCGCUCAUAUUGGCCGGAGCAGACAUGAAGAUUAAGAAUGCUGAGGGUGUUACAGCAACGGAGCAGGUGAAGAUGUGGCAGUGUGACAUUAAGGAGAUGCUGGAGAAACUGGAGCAGAUGAAAUAA